AUGCAAAAUAUCACUACUAAGAAGGCUAUCCAAAGAGAUCCUGAACUUUGGCACAACCCCUUAGAAUUUAGGCCUGAGACGUUUCUGAAUGGUGAAGAUUGCAAAUUAGAUUUCUCUGGUAAUAAUUUUAAGUAUCUUGCGUUCGGUUCUGGGAGGAGGGUUUGUGCUGAGAUUCUUUUAGCAGAGAAGACACUGACGUAUUUGUUGGCUUCAUUGUUGCAUUCUUUUGACUGGGAGUUACCGGCAGGCGAAGAGCUAGAAUUAUUGGAAAAAUUUGGGCUUGCUAUCAAGAAGGCGAAGCCUUUGAUUGUUAUUCCAACGCCACGGCUUCCCAAUCCAGAGCAUUAA